AUGCCUAAUCUCUAUGUCUUCCCGGGCGGAGUAGCAAGUGAUGCAGACUUUUCUAAAGAAUGGUACGACAUAUUAGGUCAAGCUGGCGAACUUUCAAGGUCCAACCUGUUCAAUUUUGUGAAGGGAAAUGGACCAGGGGCACCGAUGUUUAAUCGAAUUCGAGAUGCAGAAUUCACUACAAUACCCAGUGAAAUAGCUUUCAGGAUAUGUGCCAUACGAGAAACGUUUGAAGAAUCGGGCGUUCUGCUAGCGAGAAAUGUUUCCGACAUGAAGCAAACGACUGUGAUUAAUGUAGACUCUCCAACAUACGGCAAUGCAUUGAAAUCAGAUUCAAACAUUAAUACUUGGAGGAAGAGAGUUGAAGAAAACGCUUCAGAAUUCAUCACAAUGUGUCGUGAUAUGAAUAUUGUACCAGACGUGUGGUCACUGUAUGAGUGGUCAGACUGGCUGACACCAGCCCAGGAGAUCAUUCUUCAUCGUAAACCCAGAAGAUACGACACAGCCUUCUUUCUGUGUUGUGUGGACGAAAAACCAGAUGUGGCUGAGGACAAGGGAGAAACUGUCCAUAGUCAGUGGGGAUCUCCACUGAAUAUUUUGCUGGAAUUUGAAAGAGGAUGGGCAGGCAUAGCACCACCUCAGAUGUACGAACUGGCUCGUUUGCUGAACAUUGGCAGUAUGGAGGAAUUGGUUCACUUCUGCUGGUCACGGGAACGGUCAGGGAACAGAAUUGAACGAUGGCUUCCUGUCAGAUUUGAAUGUGCAGACGCAGUCCUGUACCUUAUGCCUGGUGAUGAGCUGUACCCAAAGGUGCCGGAUAUCUACGGAGAAGGGGAAAUACUGAAAAGCAGCUUGACGUUGGAGGAAUUAGAGCAGAAAUACCCUUUACAACACCGAACAGAUAUGAGGUUGACAGUGAGGGAAAGCGCAAGGGACGUGUCUCCUGCAAUAUUGAAAUGGCAGCAGGACAUGUAGCUCCAUAUGUGGACUUUGCCAAUCUUACAAUAGAAUCCACAGAAUCCAAACUGUGAAGUGGUUGGAUAAUGUUUAUCAUGUUUAUGGUGUGAAAGAUGUGAAGUAUAUUAUUAUGAUUAUCACUAUGUUAAUCAGUCAAAGUCAGUGAGUUGGGUGUUAUGCUGCUUUAAUAUUCCUGUAAUAUCAAUCAAGGGACACCAGAAAUGGGCUUCACA